AACCAACUUUCCUCUACAGUCAUGAAUCCUCCAGACACCGUCCCUGCCAAUGCGUUCGUCAAUGUCACACUAUCGGGUGCCACCAAGAACGGUGUUCCUAUUCAUCUCCAACGCGGAGUGCCCCGUCCCAACAAACCCUUUCUUCUCGAUGGUCUGUCAGAUGCUGUCAUAGGGAAGCGACCGCCUAAGCGACUGCCAUCUAAACUUCCACCCCCUGGCGACAUGACACUUCACUUGUCCCUCGGUACUAAAAUUGGCCGCGGCCGCGUUGGCAGAGUUUAUGAGGCCACGGUCGACCUGAAGCAGUCCAGUCCAGAAUUGACCAACAUGGUACUUCCCCCGCUAGUUGUUAAAGUGUCACGUCGGCACGACGCUAAGAGACUUGCGCGAGAAGCAUUCUACUAUGAGGAGAUGGAAUGCCUGCAAGGUUGCGCUAUUCCCAGAUAUUACGGCUUGUACCAGACCACCAUCCCGCCCGCGACAGACUUCUUGCCUUGGACACACGACAAAGUCAAUAGACGUCCAGGUCGCCACGGAGACUACAGUGACGAAUCGGACUCAGAAUCAGAAUCAGAACCCGAGUCGAAGUCCAGUGACAAGGAUGACGAUGACGAUGCUGAAGAUGAAGACGCCGAUUCUCAAGUGUACUCAUCUGAUGAGGAAGAACUCCCAACGCCAACGAUACUCAGUAUUUUGAUCCUAGAGCGUGUGGGAGGUCGUAUACCUCUGCGCAAACCUCUAUCGGAUGAUGUCCACGAAGAUAUACACACCAUUUAUGCUGAUUUCGGCCGACUCGGUGUUGACCAUUGCGAUAUCCGAUACUUCAACAUUCUUCGUGCGCCCUCUUCUUCCGAAAGUCCAUUGCCUUCCUUGCCGUCGCCAUUCACUCAGCGCACAUACAACUGGCGGGUUGUUGACUUUGACAACGCGUGCAAGUCCAACAUGAAUGCAGAUUUUUUCCGGGGUUACCAUCAUGGUCUCCUUGUUAGACUUCUGACUAACUUGCCGUGGGGAUUCUUAUGCAACACUUACGAUAUUCCGGAUCAUGUUCUCAAACUAGAUUCCACGUUGAAAUAGAAUUUGACGAAGUUGAUCAUUCCUGCGGAAGUUGGAAGCCGUUGCCAAAUUGGGACAGAAGCGACGAGUCAGUACAAACAUUUUUAGUCGUCUUUCUCAUCAUGUCCACUUCGCAACAAAACUGUUCCACCAAUUCCUAAUGAAAUAUCUACAAGU